AUGACGGACGAUACGUUACAAACGUUACCGUUAGAUACUAAUAUCGACGCCCAUAUUAUAACCUUAUUCGAGCGUCUUGAGACCAUGCGUCGAGAUCAACAAACUAACGCUUUUAAUAGCCGUUUGUCUAGUACACUACAGCCGAAGAAAAACAUGCAAGCCGAAAUCAGAACGUUGGAAUUUUGGAGAUCUGUUAUAAGCGAAUGUCUAGCAUCAUUUUUUUAUGUGUUCAUUGUGUGUGGAGCAGCAGCAGGAGCAGGGGUUGGUGCCAGCGUGUCCUCAGUUCUGUUGGCUACAGCUUUAGCGUCUGGCUUAGCUAUGGGAACACUAACCCAAUGUUUUCUACAUAUAUCUGGUGCUCACAUAAACCCAGCCGUUACAUUAGCAUCCUGCGUGAUACGGACUAUAUCACCUAUGCGGGCAACAAUGUAUAUUACCGCACAAUGCGGUGGCGGUAUUGCUGGGGCAGCACUUCUUUAUGGUGUGACUGUACCCGGUUACCAAGGCAAUUUGCAAGCAGCUAUUUCACAUAAUGCCUCAUUGGCUGCGUGGGAACGUUUGGGUGUGGAAUUCAUUUUGACUUUCGUGGUAGUGUUAACAUACUUCAUUUCUACGGAUUCGGUCAAGAAAGUUAUGGGCAAUUCAGCCCCUUCAAUAGCAGCCUCUUACAGCGCUUGCAGUUUCGUAUCGAUGCCAUACCUCAACCCUGCAAGGUCGUUGGGCCCAUCGUUUGUACUGAACAAAUGGGAAAAUCACUGGGUGUACUGGUUUGGUCCGCUUAUAGGCGGUUUUGCAUCUGGCCUUGUCUAUGAAUACAUAUUUAAUACACGCCGCAACGUUCGCCGUAUUAAAAUCAACAUGGAAAAUGAUACAUCAUCGAUCAACUCGGAAGACGACUUGAAUUAUGAUUUGGAUAUGGAAAAACCGAAUAUGCACAAUAAAUUUCAGGGCACAUAUCCAACAGCGCAAGCAACUAGCGGCCAUGGGCAAUCGAAUACCAAUUCGGGUAAGAGUAACGGUGGAAACUAUUGCCAGAAUCUGUACACAACUCCGCCGCUUUUAAAUAAAUUUGAGCAAUCCGAGCCUUUAUAUGGUGGCACUCGUUCAAUGUAUUGCCGUUCGCCUACUUUGAUGCGUACUAAUCUGAAUCGCUCGCAAUCGGUGUACGCAAAGAGUAAUACUGCACUCAAUCGCGAUAUAGUGCCGCGUUCUGGACCAUUAGUGCCGGCUCAAAGUCUGUACCCUUUGAGAUUGGGUUUUAGUCAACACCGGGCUCAAUCAUCGCAUUUACAAAAUCAGAAUGUCCAAAAUCAACUGCAGCAACGUUCAGAAAGUGUAUAUGCCAUACGUAGCCUAAGGCAAAAUCAGCUUCAACAACAACAACAGCAACAUUCCACUCAAAUCAAACAACAACAGCAGCAGCAACGUCAUCAACAGCCUCAACAAGCGCCACAGCACAUGCAACAAAGCCAACCGGUAGCUGCCCAACAAGGACAAACUGCUCAAGAAAAUCAAGCAUGUUUUCAAGCAGUUUACGGCACACGUCUCAAUCCUAAUCCUAACGAUGGUCAUCUCAAAUUCGAUCGUCGUCCCGAAACAGUGUACGGCAUGACUAUGCCGGGCAAUCGCGGACAGUCGGCACAAUCUGAUGACAGUUCUUAUGGUUCCUAUCCUAGUUCGUCGGUUACACCACCUGCACGCACUGAACCUCCUCCCGUGCUCUUAUAUGCCCCUCCUCCACAUCCAAACUCUGUAACUACACCACCUUUACGAACUCAAUCCGAACGUAAGGUUUCUGCACCAGUAGUCGCCUCCCAAGCUUCUACGAUAUCAAUGGGCCAAUAUAAUGCAAAUCAAUCUUCUACCCCAAAUCAAACAGGUAAUAUUCAAAAUCAGCCUCAGCAGCAACAAAUAAUCAUGCAACAUGCUCAACAAUCACACCAGCAUCAGCACUAUACUAUAAUGCCAUUAAGAUCGAAUUGAAAAUAAUUAAUAUAGAGCACACGAGCAAUUUUGAAAUAUCCAAAAAUUAGUUCAAGUGAAAAGUAAGCAAAUAUUGUUAAUCGUUACAUUAGCGAUUGUGACAUUUCAAAAAUAUAAAGUAAGCCAUUUCAAAAAUAUAGGUAAACACAGAGGUCUUCGAUUUAUAAAUGACUUUUUGUGCUUAACUAUUGUGAAUUGAAUUAUGUUUAUCUUUCUGUAAUCUGAAUUUGUCAAAAUUUAGAAUAGAACGCUGGAAUUUAAAUCGCAUAUUUUUAAUUCAUUUAAGAAAGCGCUUAGAAUAGUUGAGCAAUUACGAACGAAAAAAUUUUCACAUAAAUUUAACACGACCGACGGCGAAUGUCGAUUUCCAAUUUUACACUCACAUUUAUUGCCAACCAAAAAUGGGAAAACGGGGUUGAUGGGCUCGUCGAUAUUUUCCUUCCUUUGGUUUUGAUUCAACUCAACACUUUCCAUUAAAUACUUCGCUUCAUUUCUAAAAAACUUAAAUUUUUUUUCAUCCAAAAGGCCAAUUAACCUGAAGAACAUCGUUUAAGUACUUAUAACUAAAAGAACUUUUUAGAGAUAACUUCAUGUACUCAGUGUAAAUGUAACAAUAAAAAUAGAGCAAAUUGAAGUUAUUCGAAUGUGCGAACAUUUUUUUACCAACGAUGUAGUUGUUCUAAUUAAUUAGUGCAUAGCCUUGUUAAGUUGAACCAAAGUUCAUUAUUGUAAGUAUUUAAUAUUAUAUAUAUAUUAGGUUGAGGAAAAAGAAAUCCAUUAUUUUUUCGGUAGAUGGAUGA